AACUCAAAAUUAGGUUUAACCAGGAACUCAAUUGAACGAAGAAGAAGGUCCGCCAAUCCGCCAUGACUGUCUUGAGCUCGAAGAAGGUCCUACAGGACCAAAACACUAGCGAUGCUGACUCCAUUAAAGUUCUUAAGCUCAAUCUCAAAGCUCUAUCUGAUGUUUCAUGCCUGUAUGAUUUCAAAAACCUGGAGAAAGUCGACCUCAGCUUGAACAAUCUACAUUCAUUGGAGGAUCUGAGUGGAUGUGUGAAUUUGAAGUGGCUAUCACUUGUACAAAACCAUCUCAAGAACUUGAAAGGCAUUGAAGGACUCACUAAGCUCACUGUAUUAAAUGCUGGAAAGAAUAAGCUUAAAUCAAUUGAUGAAUUGAAGAAUGUUACCAGUUUGCGUGCCUUGAUACUAAAUGAUAAUGAAAUUGCUUCUUUAUGUAACCUGGAACAAAUGAAAGAACUGAACACUCUCGUACUUUCUAGAAAUCCUAUACGGAAGAUUGGUACUUCUCUUUCCAAGUUGAAGUCGAUAACCAAGCUAUCCCUUUCUGAUUGCCAGCUCGAUUCAAUUGAUUUAUCAUUCAAGUUCUGCACUGAGUUGAAGGAGCUCCGACUUGCUCAUAAUGAUAUCAAGACUCUUCCAGCUGAUAUGGCUUAUUGCAAGAGGCUGCAGCAUUUGGAUUUGGGAAAUAAUGCUAUUGCAAACUGGUCAGAUUUGAAGGUACUUUCAUCAUUGCCCAGCCUCAAAAUUCUGAAUAUACAAGGAAAUCCCAUUACUGAACAUGACAAGUUGGUUAAAAAGGUCAAAAAGCAGUUACCAAAUUUGGUGGUAUUUAAUACCAAACAAGUAGAUAAGAACACAGCUCGAAGAUUCGACGAUUCUUCAGCUACCAUCUUUGAAACCGAUAAUAUGGAGGAAAAAAGUGAUCAAAAGCUGAUGAAAAACGAUGUGGAGGAAAAUGAAGAUGACAAGAAAACCCGUAAGAAAAAAAAGGCAAAACGGAGUGAAGAAGAAGAAGACGAUGUAGAACAUAAAAGAGAGUCGAAGAAGAAGUUGAAAUCGAGUGAAGCUGAUAUCAUUGAUGAUGCAGAAACUCGAAUAAAUGACAUUUUUGAAAUGGCUAAGAAUCCUUUGGAAAUAGAAAGAGUUCAAAAAAGAAAUCCAGUUCAAAAAGUCCAUGCAAUUGGUAAACCAGAUGAUACUAUCAUUAUAAAGAGAAAGAAGAAAAAGAAGCCAGUAAACGCUGCGAACCUUCUCGGGUUUCUACAGACUGAGGAUGUUGGGUGGGGUGGAACUUCAGCCUGGGAUGAUUAGAUUUUUAUUUGUAAAGCUUCAACCGAGGAAGAUGACAUAAGAAUCGAAUUUGAGACAUCUUAUUUUGUGUUGUAGUAAUUUAAAUGUGUUAACGACUCUUUUCUAUUUGAAUAUUUGUAGGAGUUAAUUUCUAGAAAUCUGAUUUUUUUUUG